AUGGCAAAUUCUUUGUAUUUAAAUAGAGACCCUGAUUACUUUUUGGAUCGUGAAACAGAUGAAAAGACGAAACACUUGCAAAGAAAAUUAUGGUAUUUUUUGGUCAAUGCGGAUGUGGAGGAUUCAAUAACCUUUGGGACGCCAAUAUGGACGAUGCAGGAUAACUAUGACACCAAUCUCCCGUUUUACUGUCAAAACAAUUCGAACUUGAUAGAUAUGGAAUUUGAGGGGCAAUUAAUAAAAGCGUUUGAAUAUUUGAAUCCUGUUAUAUCCAGUGUUCAUUCCAUCCUCGAGACAAUCUUAAAAGUAAAAUCGUCACCGAAGAUAAUAUAUGUUGCAAAAUCUUUAUCUGAGCUUGAAAAUUUGAUUGAUGAUAGACUUGGAGGACUAAAUGAAUAUCUUGUACUGGACGAUAGUUUGCCUGAUUUUUUAAAAAUAAUGAAACUAAAGUUAUUAUUGCAUUGCAAAUUAUUUUUAUCUUACACAUAUUAUUGUCUUCAUGUGUAUUAUGAAGAAAGGGGAAUAUUUCAUUUGCACUUGUUUUAUUUAAAGAAACUGAUUAUGAUAAUAUUUCAUGAGUUGGCAGGUAUUUCACUGAACUUAUUACAUAAUUAUAGGUCAAUACUUUGGACCUGGAUUUACAUUUAUAAUGACACCAGUACUUGA